AUGCCAAAUUUUGCACUUCAUUUACUCUCACUUUUGAUUUUCAUUCAUUCAUGCAACUCUCAAUUACUUGAAGUCUUUGGGAUCUCGACGGGCAAUACUGGCACAAAGGAAAGACAACCGUUUCAAGAUAUUGCAAGUCAAUCCGUUGGUUUGAUUAAUUACUUGAAGACAAUCCAGAACAAUCCAGAUAAUGAAUUGUAUAAAAGAUUGCAACAACCAUUACCGCAAGUGAACUUUGUGAAUGGUCUCCCAGUCAUUCCGGGAGUUCUCGGAUCGCUGCCUGGAGCUGGGGCUUGUCUUCCAAAAGGAGCUCCAUUAGUAAGACAAAGAUCACCCAGUUUCUUCCAAAACAUUAUUCGAAACAUUCCCGGUGCUCAUGAUUAUCUCUCCUCGUUUCUUCCAUCACCAAAAGUCGAUGUCGAUUCUUUGUUUGGGAAUUAUCAUUGGGCAAUCGACACUCCAUCAGUUCACAAUCGUUUCUGUUCAAUGACUGAAUUGGCCCCAUCAGCGAAACGAGGGAAUUCAUCGGCUUUCACGGUAGCUGAGAAGUUUCGCACAAAAAGUGAAAAUGGAGGCGAGAAGGUGGCUUUGGGCUAUGGAAUCAUCAACAAUGGAAACACUUAUGUCUACUUUCAAGAUGAUCCUUGCCCAUAUCAAAUAGUCAUUGUUGGCCCAAAGCAUUCAACUGGUCAGUAUGAGUAUGUUGUGCUAUCAAAUUGGGCACGAUUCCCAGUGAUUGCAAUGGCUAGAGAUAUACGAGUUUUCUACAAAUUGUACAAGGAUAAAUUGGAGGAUAAGUUGACAAGCGAGGGAUUCUCGACGGAAUAUGCUGGCCUAUCAACUGGUCAUCUCUCUUAUGUUGAUUGGUCACAUUGUCGGCCGGCCACCCCAAUCUCGUACAUUCGGAAUGUUUUAACAGAACUCUUUGGU